AUGAAGCUGCUGGAGACGAAGAGGCACAUGAGGGCCCCGCCAAUAAGCAGCCCGAAGAAGAGGGAGGACAAAAUAAAGUCGCUGCGGGAGGAAUAUGAGAGGAGGGCCCACGAGGAGGGCAGCGAUGAAGAAGCGGGGGCAGAAUCGGGGACAGACGCAGACACCGAAUCGGGGGCAGACACAGAAUCGGAAUCGGAGGCAGAGACAAAAUCGGAGGAGGAAAGCAAAUUAAAGGCGAAGGAGGAAAGCAAAUUAAAGGCGAAGGAGGAAAGCAAAAUAAGGGCGGAGGAGGAAGGCAAAUUAGAAGCGGAGGAGGAAAGCAAAAUAGAGGCGGAACUGCAACACGAAAACCCACUGACAGAGGAGCUGACUGAGCAGCAGUUUGACAGAAUGGUGGGGAAGCUACGGGGCUACAUAGAAACGAAAGAUAUGUAUGCCCUCUGGAAUUAUGUGCACACAAAUGGGAAGAAAAAAUACCUGAGUUUGAAAGAGGAGCUGUGGAAAGACUGCGAAAAUAUGUGCAUAAAAUAUAACAUCCCAGAGGAAUUUACAAUAAAGGAAUGGAGAAAGGCAUAUUUGCAUCUGAAGGAUGAGCUACUGAAAAAGGAAAGAGACGAUUAUAUGGAUUUAAAAGUCUUUAUUGAUGCUGGAUUGAACCUUCGUUGGGAAUUUAUUGCUUUUAUAAUUGACAAAUAUGAAUCUUGGGAUGUCUUCAUAGACACUGCCAUGGACAAUUGGAAGAAGUCACUCUCCAAAAUUUUCGAGAAAUAUGUGGAGGAUGCUCAGGAGAAGGAAAUAGAGAGGAACCCCAAGACUGGCGCUAAGGUUUCCUCCAUUAGCAAGUACAAUGAGGAGACGGAAAUUAUGGUCAGCGAGAUUUUGCUUUGA